AAUUUUUAGGCGUAAAAAAUAUAUGUAACUGUAAGUAAUAUAACAAUUACUUUACUAAGCUAUUGAAAAAUCUACUGUGGACUGGGACAGAUUUACUGCAACGAGGUCAUAUAGUUCGGAUUAAUUUGAAAUCCACGUUUCAUUUUUUAUACAAAAUGCCACCAAAACGUUCAACAGAAGAAACGGAUCGAUUAACUAGAAUAGCUAUCGUUAAUACUGAUAAAUGUAAGCCUAAACGAUGUAGACAAGAAUGUAAGAGAUCAUGUCCAGUUGUUCGAAUGGGAAAACUUUGUAUAGAGGUUACACCUAAUAGUAAAAUAGCUUCUAUUUCUGAAGAACUUUGUAUUGGAUGUGGUAUUUGUGUAAAGAAAUGUCCUUUUGAAGCUAUAUCUAUUAUUAAUCUACCAAGUAAUUUGGAAAAGGAAACAACACAUCGUUAUUCAAAAAAUUCUUUCAAGUUACAUAGACUCCCAAUACCUCGCCCUGGAGAAGUACUUGGACUUGUAGGAACUAAUGGUAUUGGAAAAUCGACUGCCUUAAAAAUAUUGGCUGGUAAACAGAAACCAAAUUUGGGACGAUUUUCAGAUCCUCCUGAUUGGACUGAAAUUUUAAGUCACUUCCGAGGUAGUGAAUUACAAAACUAUUUUACAAAGAUCCUUGAAGAUGAUUUAAAAGCACUUAUAAAACCACAAUAUGUCGAUCAGAUUCCAAAAGCUGUUAAAGGAACUGUUCAGCAGUUGCUAGAUAAAAAAGAUGAAUGCAAAAAUCAAGCUAAAAUUUGUGAAAUGCUUGAUUUAACUCAUAUACGUGAUAGAAGUAUCGAAGCAUUGUCUGGUGGAGAACUCCAGCGAUUUGCUUGCGCUAUGGUAUGUAUUCAAGAUGGAGAUAUUUUUAUGUUUGAUGAACCAUCGUCAUAUCUAGAUGUUAAGCAGCGUUUAAAUGCUGCUGUUACAAUUAGAUCGCUUAUUCACCCAGACAAAUUCAUCAUAGUUGUAGAACACGAUCUUUCAGUACUCGACUAUCUUUCAGAUUUUAUAUGUUGUUUAUAUGGUGUACCUGGAGCUUAUGGAGUUGUCACAAUGCCAUUUUCCGUAAGAGAAGGAAUCAAUAUAUUCCUUGAUGGUUUCGUUCCUACGGAAAAUUUGCGUUUUAGGGAAGAAUCUUUAGUCUUUAAAGUAGCAGAAAGUGCUACAGAAGAAGAAGUUAAAAGAAUGAGUCAUUAUGAAUAUCCAGCAAUGAUUAAGACAAUGGGUUCCUUUACUUUAGAAGUCGAAAAGGGGCAGUUUACUGAUUCCGAAAUUCUCGUACUAUUAGGAGAAAACGGUACUGGAAAAACAACCUUUAUUAGAAUGUUAGCUGGUAAUUUACCACCAGAUGAUGGAUCAGGUAAUAUACCACAAUUGCAUAUUAGUUAUAAACCACAAAAGAUUAGUCCAAAAUCUCAGGGUAUUGUCAGACAGUUAUUACAUGAAAAAAUUCGAGAUGCUUACGUUCAUCCACAAUUUAUUACCGAUGUAAUGAAACCGUUAAAAAUUGAUGAUAUUAUUGAUCAAGAAGUACAGAAUUUAUCUGGAGGCGAAUUACAACGUGUUGCAUUAGCUCUUUGUCUAGGGAAACCUGCAGAUGUGUAUCUAAUUGAUGAACCAUCAGCUUAUUUAGAUUCAGAACAACGUUUAGUUGCAGCUAAAGUUAUAAAAAGAUUUAUAUUACAUGCAAAGAAAACUGGUUUUAUAGUUGAACAUGAUUUUAUUAUGGCAACUUAUUUAGCUGAUCGUGUAAUUGUUUUCUCAGGCAUACCUUCAUUACAAACAGUUGCACAUAGUCCACAAUCAUUAUUAAAUGGAAUGAAUAGAUUUUUAGAACUUUUGGGUAUUACUUUUAGGCGAGAUCCAAAUAAUUUCAGACCACGAAUAAACAAGAAUCAGUCUGUUAAGGAUUUAGAACAGAAAAAAGCAGGACAGUAUUUCUUUUUGGAAGAAUGAUUAAAAAUUACAAAAUACUAGUCUGGAAGAAUUCGAAUAAUAAAAUUAUGGAAAUACAUAAUCGUUGUAAACAUCGUUCCUUCAUACAAUUUAUUAGUUAGUUAACAAAGCAGUGUUACAUUUUUUUAUACAGAUUUUAAUGGACAUCAUUACGAACAUUUUGAAAUUUAUAAAAUAUUUGUGAAUACAAUUUACAGAAAUA